AAGCCCCUAUCAAAGGCUCCUCCCACGGCCUAGAGCUGACUACCUCUCUGCAGGGCCAUGGCCAUACCAGAGUCUCUCAGCCCUGGGGACACUCCACUUUCUGUCACUGCUGAGCUCCUGACAUCUUUGAAGCCCAAGGGUCCAAGGCUGGUGGGCUGGGGUGGGGGUCAGGGCUCCACCUGGGUCCUGGACCCCUGAAUCUGUACACCCCCACCCGCUGUUCUGACAACCACUAUGAAACGACUGUUUAAAAUUCGGCGUACUCAGGCUCCCCAGGAACCCCAGAAGUGGGUCCCCAUCCUUGGGGACCUGCAGAAGACCCUCCAGAAGGGCGAGUACCUGCCCCUCCGCCCGCUGCCCAUGUUCGAGAGUAACUUUGUCCAGGUGACCAAUCACGGGGCUCCUGCGUUAGUGCACCACAAAACCAACAAGCUGACUAUGGGUGUAGCGGCGUCCUUGCCCGGUCUAGUGCUGCCCGACAUUCUGUUGCUUGCUCGACCCCCGGAGGACAGGGAUUGCUCCAAUCUCAACCUGACCAGGAUGAUCCCUCUAGACCUUGCCCACCUCUAUGUCCACGAUCUGCCCACCUGGCGCCUGAAGCUGCGGCUGAUCACCGGCCGCUACUACUACCUGGAAUUGGAUGCCCCUGACCAUGAGCUGGGCUUCUUGUUUGACCGCUGGCUUCGCCUCAUCAACCUGCUUCAUGAGCCUACCAUAUCUUGGGCACCCAAGACCAUGAGCAUGCCCCCCCUGCACACGACCCAAGACGGAGCGCCAGCCUCCACCUGGCGCCUUCAGGACCAGUCUGGAAGCAGACUUACAGCUGAAGCUGCUGAGCGCACCUUUCCUUGCAAAAUGUUCUCUUCUCAAAAACAAAGGAAGAACAAGAUGGCCAAGCACAGGUUCAGGUCUCAGGCUGUGGGUGACUCUCUGCCUCUCCUCUGGUCACAACUACAACCUCCUAAGGAUCAGAUGAAAGUCACAGAAAAGAAGGCCUACCCAGGUGCCUGCCCUGCUGGAUCCAAAACUCUAAUCCAUGUUUCUGAGAAGGCCAGCAUCACCAUCCGGACCAUCUUCAGCAUCAUCUCCGGCACGAUGAACCAGGACCACUCCACUUCAAAGACCUACGGAUCUGAUUCUGAGGGAACCAUAGGCCGGGGCCAUCUGAUUGAGACUCCUACACAGCGUGUCUCUCACAACGCCUGUGAUUUAGCCUUCGGGGACUCCCGUGGUCACAUGGACACCUUCCUGUGGACUCAAGACCUCGACAAGUUUAUAGACACUGAGUCCACCUCUCUGUCUUCCCCCUUGCGCAUGUCUUCUUACCCUCCUGCCUUCUACAUCUUCCCACCGGGCUCUUCCUUAACGAAGUCCAGUGACAAAGCCAAGCCCAAGCCCAUAGGCUCAAUGAAAUAUAUGUCCUCCCCUAUCACAUCAGGGAAAACACCGUUCAUUUGGGACAAGUCUAAUAAGGUACCAGCCGAGCCGGCUCCAGCUCAGAAGGCCCCGGCUGCACCACGGUCAACCCGGAAGUCUUCAGCCAAAUCUAGUCCCUUCCAUAAGACUCCACCUUCUGGUUCCCAGAAGACCUCAUCCGUCCCUGGGCCCCCCCGGAAGACCCCGGUUCUAGUUACCCAACCCCAGAAAACUUUAACCCCAGUUUUGAAGCGUCCACAAGCAACUGCGGGUUCCCAGAAGGCUGUGCCCCCAAAGAGACACUCUAUUCUAAAUACUCAGUCUCAGGCUCCAACGGCCCGGUCUCAGAAAGCUCCCGACUCAAAGGCAAAGGCCCCUAUGGAUCCUAGCAUGUUACAGGCAGGAGAUAUGCUUGAGAGAAAGUCUGAAGGGAAACAGGAACCUGGGGUGUUGGUGGGAGAGCAGAAAAGGAAAGCGGUAGAGAUGAAGACCACGUCACAGCUGCCCAGUACCACCACCAAGAAGCAAUCCAAGGAGGUCUUGAUUAGCAAAACCCAGGGAGAUCACCUCGAGGCCUUGAAGGGCAGGGGCAAGUCAGAGGAAAGGGUCCAAAAGAUGGAGAAGACAACUGUGAACUUGCCUGAUCUGAAGUCCUUGGAGAUAGAAAGUCAGAAGAAAUGGGUCUUGACCAAGGAGGUAGCUGCUGGGGGCCCCUGCCUAGAGGACAGCAGACCGUUCUCUGUG